UUUUACAAUCCAGCGACUCCCGAUUUAUGAAACGGAACGCGCCCCUUGACAUAAAACGAAAAUAGUAUUUUAUUACAAUUACAACAAAUACGCAGGUCUUUUGUUUUGUGUUUAAAAUGAGUAUGAGCGUGCGCGAAGAAGAAAGGGGGAAGACUACAUGCCCAAGCCGCGGUCUCGGUAUUGCGGCCGCCGCUAUCGGCGUCGGGGUUGGGGCAGCGUUAUACUACUUCUUCAGCAAACGGCCAGAAAAUCCGAAUUCACAAGGUUCCACCAGCGAUUGGAAUUGUGAGCAACAACAAGCCUUCUCAACACCGGAUACAGACGACUCGUACACAACAAUAUCAGAAAAUGAGACGUCAGACACCAGCGUACACAACAGCCUGUCAGAAUUCCACUUGAGCACAUCAGAAUAUUCUAUUGUCAUGGAAACGUCGUCAGAAGAAUCGAGUGAUGAUGACCCUUCUUCUUCUGAAGAGUCAGACGAUACAGAGAUGGUUGAUUCUGACUUACCCAAUGAUUUUGAAUAUAGAUGGGUGUCUUUACAUAAUGCUAUAACAACUAUCAUCUCGGCGGAAUCUGAAGGACAUGGGGUGAUGGGCAAUGGGCAAUGGGUUGAGACGGCUACUUCGCUCGGUAUGCCAAGAGAUGGCGCUUUCUCGUCAAUGGCUAGCUUCAUGGGUAGGGUCGCUAAUUUAGUCAGUGACAAUAAGAAAAAAAAGACUGAAAAUGAACAAAUGAAUAUUUUAAGACAGCAGGCUUUUCGCCAGCGCUCCUGGACCCUGGAAGAAUGUUCCAUCUGUUUCGAAGUGAUGCUCCGAGACCAGGAAGUCAUGUCACUACCCUGCUCUCACAACUUCCACUCCGAGUGCAUCCUGCCGUGGCUGCAAGAGAAGCAGACCUGUCCUAACUGCCGGAAAGUGGCUGAAUGAUUGGUCCAUAUCAAAAUAUUGUUGGUUUGGACUUAAAACCAACAAUCCAGGAUUGUCCAAUUAUAACCAUCUUUAAUUUACGAACAACAAUGGAUGUAAACAAUAAUAAUUCACUAAUAGGAUAAUAAUAAUGCCUUUUUUAUAUAGCAACUAGUAAAACAAAAAAAAAAUAAUAAUUAAAAAAUUGGUAGGAUGUUUAGCUGGCUAAAUUACAAAAAUAUUAAAAUUAUAAAGAUAUAUGUAUAAGAAAUAUUAAAAAGUGGGUUUUUUCAAAAUAUAGCUAGUUUGCAAUUUUUAGAUCACAAAAAUAUUUUUGGCGGGUAAGAUGACAUUUCAAAUUGUUUCUUGCAUGUAGGUAAAUUUUUUAUUUUAGUGUUUCUUUGUAUAUGUGGCUAAUAGUACUUUUUCGCUCAAUUUUUUCGACAAGUGUGUUUUAUUUUGAUUUGCUUAUUAUAUUAAUUUAGGUUGUUUCUGAAUAUUAUCAAAACUGUCAUAUCACAUGUGUAUAGUGGUAUUUUCUGGUCGUGUUUUGGUGCAGAUGUCAAUUCUAUCAGUUAGUACAAAAAUGCUAUUUUCCCUUGAAAAUUGACAGCUGUCAACUGGACAAAAGAAUCGGUAUACCGAUUUCUGGUUCAGUUGACAGCUGUUCAUUUUUUGUGGUGACUGAAUUGACUGUCGACUGUAUUAAAAUGGUCAGAUUGUACUAAGAAUUGAUUACAAUUUUGAUUUGAUUUAAAAUUACAAAAUAAUUAAUCUUUUUUUUUCUCGUAUAUUGUGUAAAGUAUCUUUAAAAUUACCUUUUUAUAGCAAUAAUUACACGCCUUUGAAUUUUCUAAAAGAAUUAACUGUCAUAUCAUAAGAUUAUCCGCCUAGCUGUUUUCUAAAUGGGUAGGAAAUUGGUUAUUUCGAGCAAUGAAUAAGUAAUGAGAAUAUCCUUUAUCUUAAAUCCUCUUAUUAGAAAUAAAUAAGAAUCUGAUUAAUAAUUGUGACAUCUUGUGAAAAAAUUUUGGACAAUCUAUUAUAUUUUUGAAAAAUUCGUAGCCAGAAAUAACUUGAAACAUAUUCCUAAUUCUGUAAUCUUAUUUUUUUCUUAUCAUAUACUGUCUAUUAUUUUUGUAUAACGUUAAAAUUGGUAAAUGUCAAAACUUUUUUUUUUCUUUUUAUGCAUAUUUUUCUUUUUUUCCAAAUAAUGUUUAAGAAAUCUGGCUACGAUUUUGGAAUGAGUAUUUUGACUAUGAAAUGAUUUGAAUAUUGGAGUUAAUCAUUUAUUUUGCCGAUUGAAUCGCUUUCAUUAAUCAUUAGUAAAAUCUGUAAAUCAUGGAGCACAAAAUGACUAGCGGAGAUGUCAUAACACAAUAUCUCUUAAGAAAGUAGCGCGACAACAUGCGGGACGAGGAACGUUACUAGCUACGCCCGCUUUAAUCUUGCCCAUUUUUUGUAAAAACAAAAAAUCUUCAAGAUGUUUCAAAAAACCUGAAUGCUUCGUUGAUUCACUCGUAACUGAGCGUUUUUUGACCUACAAGAAGGCGCCUGAACUACCUGUCUUUGGCAUCUCUGCUCAUCUUUACUUGCUCCGUGGUUUUGAUAAAUGAUUGGUGAAAUUCUGAGAAUAUCUCGAAUCAUCGUUUCACUGUCUAGUCAGAAACUUACAUACUCAAAUUUUUCAGAAUUUUGCCAAUCUGUUCUGUAAAACUAAAAAAAUAUGUCUUCUAAUAUUUUUUAAUUUUAAAUUGGGUACUGAAAAAUUAAAAAAGGGAAAAAUAAAUAAAAAACCUCGAAAAAUUGUAAAAAAAUCUAACUGCAUAGGUUAGAUUUUUUUUAAUACUGAUAUUCUUAAUAUUAUUUUUGUAGAUAUCAAAAUAGAAAAUAAGUGAGUACCUAAUUAAAAUGCAAAAUAUAACAAUAUGUAAAAAAGUAUUUGAUUUUGUAUGCUACUGUUUAUUUAAUUAAUGUGGAAAAACGUCGGCUGAGCCACGUUUUAUUUUGACAUUGGCAACACAGUUUUUUUUUUUAAUUUUAUUUAAAAAAUUGUAGAAGCACAAAUCUUUACAAGACUUUUCUAACAAGUCCAAAUAGAUAUGGUGUUCACACAAGACACUACGAUAAUUAUGGUUUUUUAGCGUCUAGAAACUAACUCAGAAAUUGAAUGACAUACUUAACUGCUUUAAAAAAUAUCAUUUUUUCAAUAAUUUUCCUGUUUUUGACAUAAUAUUGACUGUGUUGCCUGAAUAAUAUUUAAAUGUGAUAAUGAUAUGUGUUAAAAUUGUAGACUUUAGACUGCGUAGAUUCUCAAUAAAAAUGAAUAAUGGGAA